CUGCACACAAAGAAAAAGCAAACUAUGUCGCCAUGCAGAGGAUGAUGCCAUGUCAGAAGUCCUCACUGUAGACGCUAUUUUGUUUGGGCUCUUGGUUUUUUCUGGCAUCCUGGGAAACAUCUUGGUCAUCCAUGUGGUGUUUCAGUCAGCCAGUGAGAGUCCGUCUCGAAGACUCGCUCCUUCUGACACUAUUUUGGUGCACCUGUCCCUGGCCAACCUGCUGACCUCACUUUUCCGCACAGUGCCCAUCUUUGUGUCUGACCUGGGCUUGAAUGUGUCUCUGUCUCCGGGCUGGUGCAGAGUUUUCAUGUUGCUGUGGGUGUGGUGGCGAGCUGUGGGCUGUUGGGUGACUCUAGCACUUAGCGUCUUCCAUUGCACUACCCUGAGGCGACAGCAUGUGACCUUUGGACCUCUUGCACAGCAGAAGGAGAGACGGCGCGUAUGGAUCGUUCUGGGGCUGGUGUGGGGGACUAACCUGGUCUUCUCUAUUCCAGCUUUGGUGUACAGCACCCAUGUUCGUGGCAACGCCACAGUGGAGCUGAUGGUGAUCAGCUGUACCACCAGGCCUCUGCUGGGCUGCGUCUGGGAGUUCCCCUCCAGCGAGCAGGGCUCCGCUUUCGCCUCCGCUUCACUGGCACUUAAUGAGGUGUUGCCGUUGGUGCUGAUGGUUUGCACUAAUAUGGCCACGCUUCACGCUCUGGCCAAGCACAUCAGAGCGGUCACCUCAGGGGGAGAGUCAGGAGGGACUCCUGGAGAGCUGGACAAACAUGUGUCCACUGAACGCAAGGCAGCUCACGUCAUCAUGUCACUGGUGUCGCUCUUUGUGGUCUGCUGGGCGCUACAGGUCGCUGCAGUGACAUACUACAACCAUGAUGGAGGACACCACGCUGAGGGGCUACUGACCGUUUCCCAUUUUUCUGCCUCGCUGUUUGUAGGAUUCAGUCCAAUGGUUGUGGCCCUGGGACAUGGCAAACUGAGGCGGAGAAUCAGUAGCAUGAUACUGGGGUGGUCUAAAGUUCUUGAACGUCACAGUGAGGACACUGAGCAGGGAAAUAAAUCCCCAAAGGCUCAAGGAAAAAAGGGAAAACAAACCGUUUUUGUUGUUCAAAAAGAGAGUAAAGUCAUAAAAGUAGAGGAGAAAGUUAGAACAAGCAAAUGAUGCAAAGAGUGACUGCAUGAUCCAAAAAUCUAUGCUGAGAUAAGCACUGAUGCAUGA